GAGCUCGUGUAGCCAUUAGCCCUGUUACUGGAUGAUUCAUACUUGCACAGAUGGUCAUAUAUUUGUAUAAUACUAUAUUUUAAACUAUAAGUUACGGUUUUAUCUUAAAUUGGGGUUUUAUUUACUUUUUCGUACAAUUGUAGAAUUCAUAAGCUUCACAUCAAACCUUUCAAUGUAUUGUCACUGACAUCUUGUGUAUAUGACAACUUAAGUUGGGAAUGUUGACUGAAAUGGAUGUCUCAGGCCCCUAAUACUGGUUUACAUCCUUACCACUGAAGCAUGUCUUUAAUGGCACUCCAACCGGAUAAGAGUGAGCGUAUCUACACCAGGAGGCCAACGAGUGCUGAGAUAGUGUCGGAGGCUCGUCGCUCUCUUAGGACUCUUACCACACAACGCCCUUUCACCCCUCAGGAGAAGCAACGGCAGCUCUUCGGAGAGUCAUCCUCUCGUCCACAUGACGGACGUCCGCCAUCUGCAUUUAGUCUUCAUGCCCGAAAUUUUGAAGCUCCUGACUCUAGACCUGGUUCUGGAACCCGCCUCAGCCCACUUGAUCACAAACCCAGGCUGUCUGUGUUUUUGGAUGAGGAUGGUCAUGAGGAUGAUGCCGUCCUUCCCAAACCCCCAGCUGAGAGAGGGAAUACCAGGAGAGGUUCGGGAGGGUCUCGAGCCAGACAUCUUAGAACGCCAUCCAUCAACACGCUACCACCUGUGGCAUCACAAUCAAAGAGUUCUGACAGGUCUCUAGAGAAAAGGACAGACCAACCAGGAGAUGGAGAAAGGCAACAUUGUGCUGAUGUCACAGAGCAUAACACAAAAGCAUCCUCAGAAACGGACCUGUGCACACUUUCCAGUCACAGUAGAAUACUACAGUCAGCCAGAACUGGAUCAAAACCAGAAACAAAGCGUGACACAGAAGACGAUAACAUGGAUGAGUCUCAGUUCUGGAACUGUAAGGUCCUUCCUGUCCUUCAGGAAAUUGAGUCUUUUGCCCCAGGAGACGAAGUGUCAGAAGAGAUUGUGGGACAAAUGUGUAAUGCAUGCACCAAACUCCAUAAUGCCCUGGCAGAGAGAGGCAUGCUGGGAAGGCACUGUAUAAAGAGGUCCACCAUCCUAAGAUCGCUAUUCAAACUUAUAGAUGUGGGAUCAGAUCGACUUAACCUAACCGUAGCUGAACUCAUUUUGGCACUUGAUGUGAAUGGCAACAACUUGUUGAACAUCUGCAAACUCGUCUUCAAAAUCAGCCGCAACGCUGGUAAUGACGCCCUGUUCCUCAGAAGCUCCAUCCUAGACUCCCUUCUUUCUUUGCUGCAGUGUGAGGAUGUAUGGAGUAAAAGUGAGGCUGUGCUGUACUGUGUUGGCUCACUGAAGCUGCUCUCAGGAAACAGCGCCCUCUGCAGUCUGCUGCUGGUUAAAGACCUCAUCAGCAUACUGCUACAGCUCUCAAAGAAGCUUAUUCACAGUACACCUUCAACUUCUUCUAAUGUAACUAAUCACAGGGCAGAGGGAGAAGGCCAGCAUACCAUUGCAGGACAUAUACUGGUACAGGUCACUGCAGCUUUGAGAAAUAUAGCUGACCAGUCUGAGGCUCGGCCUUCCUUCCUGUCCAGCAAGGCAUUCGCUACUCUUUGUUGGAUCCUUGAGACCCAUCGCAGUGAUCUGGAUAUAUGCAUUAAUGUGGCCCGAAUAUUCAGCAAGCUGUCUACCUACACCGAGUGCUGUUAUGCACUAGCUGAGACACCACAGUGCUUCGGCCUAUUUUCAGACCUACUGAGCAAACACAGCAGGAAACAGGAUCUCGUAGUGCGUCUUCUGUUCACACUAGGGAACCUGACUGCCAAGAGCGUUGAAGCCAGAGAACGAGUCUAUGAGGAGGAAGGGGCGAUAGAUGUUCUCUUAGAUCUUUUUCAGAUCUACCAAAAAGCACCAUCGCCUCCUGAGCAACAACCCUCCCCUGAAAGAAAGGACGUGUUGGUCAAACUCAUCAGGCUGUUGGCCAAUCUAGCCAUUCAUCCCACAGUGGGCACAGCAUUGGCUGCUAACGCUAUGUGUGUGCAGCUCCUACUGCAAGUCUUGGAAUCAAGGUGUGUUCUGGAGAAUGAAGAGCUUGUGAUUAAUGCCGUGGCCACCAUCAACAACCUCUCUUUCUACCGGGGAGAGAGCUCAGUGGUCCGUUCCCAGCACAAACACAUCUCACAGUUGUUACUUAAGCUGUUGUUGGGCUCCAGUAUGGAAGGUGUUUUGGAGGCCACGCGGGUGUUUGGAAAUCUUUCUCAGAUCGAAGAUGUGAGAUGCUUCAUCAUGCAGCACAAAGUGCAUCGGUUCAUGGUGACCCUCCUGGACUCGAAGAACCCCGAUGUGUGUUUUUCUUCAUGUGGAGUUCUCAUCAAUUUAUCUGCUGAUCCAGAAAACAGGGCUCUAUUGAGGGUUGAGGGAACCAUGCAGAAGUUGAUUGACUGUCUGCGUGACUUUGGACCUCAGGAUUGGCAUCUGGCUACUGUGUUGUGUCAGACUCUGUGGAACUGCUUUUUAGAUGGAGAGUUGCAGCAUACUGAAGAGUUACUAGAAAUCUUACAGCUCUACACAGACAGAGGGCGUUUGCAGUGGUCUGCUAAUGAUGGAGUCAGACAGGUCCAGGAAGCAUGCUGGGAGUUACUUUUUCUGCCUGUAGCUGAGAGGCUAAAACAACGUUUACAUAAUGAAGACAUUACUGAAGUACAUCACACUUGGAUUCAGCCUGGGAAGCACAUUGAUUGGAAGGGCUCAGUCCAGCAUCUGUCUUCCUGAAAGAGGUGCGGUUCGCUAGGAACAACCAUACAAAUGCACACCGACGUCCACAUACAGACAGUCAGAGGAAAUGGCACUCCCAAAGCACAAACUACACAGCACGCAUACUGUAUGCAUACACGCAAACUUUACUCUGUAAACAGUUAAACAGACAACUAAAUGCUAGAUUUAUACAAGGAGAAAAAUCACAGUUUUUGCAUUGGUGAAUUGCAGUCACACUGCGUCUACAGUUAUUCUCUCUCUAUGACUCUCCUACUCAAUAGCUGCCGAUCUGCUGAGCACUUUGCAUGUGAGGAAGCCAAAAUUUCAGUGGAUGUUAUUUUUACAGGAGUGUUCACAGCUGCGGCAGUACAAUACAGGGGGCAAAGCACACACACUUACAAAAUCCACUACUCUUAUUUCAUAAAAAUAAGAGGAAAGCCUCCUUUUCAGUUAACUUGAGCAUGACACUACUGUAAUUGUAUCCUAAUAUAAUAUUUUUGAAAAUAUUUAAUGUACUGUCCCUACAUUUGUGCAUGUGCUCUGAAAAACAGUCCUUCCAGUAAAACACAGUAAAACACAUUUUUUUGUGAUUGUUGCAGGCAAAAAUCCUUGAUCUUGCGGCACGUUUUCUUAAAAAAUGCGAUGAAAUAUGCGGGAUAUUUAUGCGAUGAAAUUGCGGGAACUUGCCAAAAUUGCGUGAACUUGCAAAAACUGUUUGCAGCUUUUCAUUGAUGCUCCCAUUGCGUAAUUACGUCACUUCCUAACAUUCCCAUGACAACAGGGGACAUGGCUGCGCAUGUUUGAAGUAAAUGCAACAUUUUUCAACUUUUUGCUACGAUAUAUAUGACUUUUUGCUUCAAAAAUGCGGGGAUUAUAAAAUCAUGCAAGCCCCGCAUAUUUUGCUAGGAGAAAUCUGCGGCAAAAGUGCGGUGUAUUUAAAAAAUGCAGCCCCUGAAUAAAUAUGCGGGCUUUGGCUGCAUUGAAUCAUGCGAUCACAUAAUCACGUUUUUCUGGACGGACUGGAAAUAGCAUGAAAGGGUGAUUCUAAUAUUAAAUCAAGAACCAAACGGCCAUCAUUUCUCUAGAAGACAAAUCAAGUUACUUUUAAGAGAUGUUAUCUACAGUUUAUCACACGGCUCAUUGGAAUGCUUGAUUCUAAUUGGCCAGUCAUAAUAUUGGCAGGUUUGACAGGUACAGUUUAAUAUAACACAAAAAAUCUUUUGAUGACAUUAUAUUUACAAAUGAUAAAACCAAACAGCAUGUUAAAACUGAUAAUAAACAUGUUUUUCCUUCACGGAAGGUCUGCAUUUGUUAA